GCUUCAUGUGAAUCCCCUGCAGUCAUCUGCAGCCACCCUUUGCCCAUGGCGUGCUCCGUCAGAGAUGACGUCGUCCACGUGGGUCACAUGGGCCUCAGGCUUCAGCGUGUCCCGCACGUCAAACGUGGGGCACUGGGUGACCUCAGGCGAUGUUCUCAGAGACUUCUUCCAGAACAGCACUACCAUCAUUUGUCUUUUCCUCUUCAUCGUGUCCUACUGCUGGCUGCUCCUGGAGUCGAUCAUUUGGGAUGAUCGGGUGCUGGCUGGAGGCAUUUUGCUCGUCUUGGGUCUCAGCAUCUUCAACCUGGGCGUCCGCAGUGGGCUGCUGCUGGGCGAGGAGCUGGGCCUGACCUUGCUCCAGAAGGGCUCCAAGGUCAGCCCCCGCGGGGCCUGGGGAACGGAGAAAACGGGCGAUGUUCACCGGAAAUUAGGGAUUUAA